AUUUUGAAAAGCUUUAAAAUCAGUAUCGAGCGCUCUCAUUGGCUCCUCUGUCUGCCAAUGAAGGAAGCGCUUGUUCGAUUGUCCUGCUUUCUCCAUGUGAGUAGUGCUACAUGCUAGAGAAUCAUCAUGCUUCGUCGAGAGGUGAGACAGCGGCGAGAGUACCUGUACAGGAAGGCCCAGGAGGACAGGCUCCGAACCAUUGAGGAGAAGAAGCAGAAGCUCAAGGGAGCCCUUGAUGAGAAUCGUCUCCUUCCAACUGAAGUACGCAAAGAAGCCCUCGAGCUGCAGAAACUCCUGGAGUACGACGAUGAAGGCGCAGAAGGUGUCAGCUCCCACAUGGAUGAUGAAUAUAAAUGGGCCGGAGUGGAAGAUCCUAAAAUCAUGGUGACCACAUCCAGAGACCCCAGCUCCAGACUCAAAAUGUUUUCCAAGGAGGUAAAGCUGAUGUUUCCCGGAGCCCAGCGCAUGAACAGAGGAGGCCACGAGAUCAACGCACUGGUGGGGGCCUGCAAAGCCAACAACGUCACUGACCUCGUCAUCAUACACGAAACCAGAGGACAGCCAGAUGGCCUGGUGGUGUGCCACUUGCCUUUUGGCCCCACGGCAUACUUCACCCUGUACAACGUGGUGAUGAGGCACGAUGUUCCCGACAUAGGCACCAUGUCUGAGGCCUACCCCCACCUCAUCUUCCACAACUUCUCCUCGCGCCUCGGCACCAGGGUAUCAAACAUCCUCAAGUAUCUCUUUCCGGUGCCAAAGGAGGACAGUAGGCGGGUCAUCACAUUCUCCAACCAAGAGGACUUCAUCUCUUUCAGACAUCACACCUACAAGAAAACAGACCACAGGAACGUUGAGCUGACGGAAGUCGGACCCAGGUUUGAAAUGAAACUGUACAUGAUCAAACUGGGCACCCUGGAGAACGAGAGUACGGCGGAUGUGGAAUGGCGUCACCAUGCGUACACACACACAGCCAAGAAGAGGAGGUUCCUCAGUGUGCAAUAAAACUAGUAAUGAAGCAGUUGUACAAAACUGUGCUUUGUGGACUAUGUUUUAUAGCAUUCUUAAAAUGAUUAUGUUGUUUUUGAAAUGACAAGUGAGUUCUCUAAAUAUAACUAAAUGAUUGAUCUUUUCAAGGAGAGGGUUUCACGGUCAAACUGCAUCAUAUUCAUCAAGACCAAAUGCCAACUGUUCUCAUUGUAUUAUAACUGUUGUACUAUUUUAAAAUAAAAUGUGUUUCUUUACAUUCA